AUGUCGAUAGUGACAGGAGUCGCAGGCUCCAGCAGUCAGGGUGCCAUCAAUGAACAAACCGACAUGGCUAAUCCUUUAGCAGACUUGGCUGGGAUUCUUUGCCAUCAGGCUCGAGGGCCGGGUGAUGAGUUGCCGACCCCACAAACGGUUUUGAGGUCGGGUGGUCGUGAUGGAUUUGAGGAGUACUAUUUUGAGGGUGCAGAUGCACAGACAACCUUUCGGUUGCCACAGACCCCGCACACGCCACGGCCACCGAACACGCCACCGACGCCGCAUGGCUCCACUUCUAGAGGUGUUACGGGCGGCCACGACUCGAAUGCGAGUGAUUUUCAGGAGUCUUCGUUGCCCCUCAUCAGCCGAAAAGGGAAAAAGUUUGGGUCUAGGAAAAUCCACAGCACGUGUAUUAGUCUCUAUUGGGAGAAUAUGGAUCAUCUAUGGCCCCGAUUUAGUGAUAUUCCCUAUGAGGCUCUUUUGCAGAUGUGGAAUUCACUAAAGAAUAGUAACAUAUUUGAUGCCUUCAAGUGUGUCCUCAAGGAUAGAUACAGGGAUCGGAUGAAGCAUAUCAGGAUUAAAUCUAGGGAAAUGGCACGAAAUGAUGGGAAACCCGACCCCCUAGAUAAGUGGAGAAAGAAUUCAAAAAUUGCUCUGCAGAACCGCAAAGUCGCAGAUGCCAAUGGGUCGACAGCUAGGCACACCGCGGGUAGUAUAGGAUUUGACGAGCACCGUAACAACUUAGAAAAGAUUAUGGGUAAACCACCCACACAAUUUGAUUGCUCACUAACUGCCAAAGAAGCACAAGAGUCGUAUCUACAGGAGAUGGUCAAAAAACACGAAGAAGACUCUUCAAACCAUAAAGAUGAUGCGAGGGUAUGGGAGGAAAUUCAACUUAGGAGAAAAAGGAAAGAAGAAGGGUGA